CUGUACAGUAUCAGUUAUAGUAUUUUAUUCGUUUUUCUUUUACUAAUUGUCCUACAAAAGGGCUCCCAUCCCCUUUCACUUUUCCCCACAAUCAUCGUUCUCGUUUUCUCUCUACAUUUUAAACUCGGUUUCCUUUCUACAUUUCAAACUCCACCUAAAACAUUUCAUACAUUCUUCUUUGUGACUACGAGAUCAUCAUCAGAUUGAUUAAUCGAUGAUGAAAAUGGCAGAUUCUUCAUCUAACAUGAAGUGUCUGCUACUGGUCUGUUUUUUCUCUAUCCUUGGGAUGGCAAUGGGUAUUGCUCCAAAGAAGGCAGUUAGUGUGCCAUUUGGGAAGAACUAUGCCCCUACAUGGUCUUUUGAUCACAUCAAGUAUUUCAAUGGUGGUAAUGAGAUUGAGCUCCACCUCGACAACUACACUGGUACUGGGUUUCACUCAAAGGGGUCUUAUCUGUACGGACACUUCGACAUGCACAUAAAAAUGGUUGCAGGGGACUCAGCUGGAACUGUAACUGCUUUCUAUUUAUCUUCAAACGGGAAUGAGCAUGAUGAGGUAGACUUCGAGUUCUUGGGAAACAGGACAGGGGAACCCUACAUUUUACAGACAAAUGUCUUCACAGGUGGUGAAGGUAACAGAGAGCAACGGAUCUACCUCUGGUUCGAUCCAACAGCGGCCUACCACACCUACUCUAUCCUCUGGAACUCCUACCACAUCACAUUCUUCGUUGAUAAUAUCCCAAUCAGGAUAUUCAAGAACAGUAGAAAGUUAGGAUUGAAAUUCCCAUUCGAACAACCCAUGAAGUUGUAUUCAAGUUUGUGGAACGCAGAUGACUGGGCAACCAGGGGAGGGCUUGAGAAAACUGAUUGGUCCAAGGCACCUUUCGUAGCUAAAUACAGGGGAUUCCACAUUGAUGCUUGCGAGGCAUCAGUGAACGCAAAAUUCUGUGAAACACAAGGAAGGAGGUGGUGGGAUCAGAAGGAAUACCAAGACCUUGAUGCCUACCAGUACAGGAGGCUCAUGUGGGUCCGUAGGAAAUUUACAAUCUACAACUACUGCAAAGAUAAAGCCAGGUUCCCCAUAAUGCCUCGCGAAUGCAAGAUAGACAGGGAUGCUUAAUUAAGAAAUUUAAUAUGUUCUUAGAAGGAAACUAUUGUAUCCUAUUCUUACCACAACAACAGUCUUUUCUAAAAUACUAUUAUUAAUCAAUCAAUGGUGGGUAUUUUAUCCUAA